UUCACGUUCAACGUUCAGACGGGGAAGUAUUGUUCUGGAUUUAUCUCCGACUUUGGUGCUCGGGCGCUCGUGUAGCGAGAAAAACCAGUGAUCAAGUUAAGAAUCAGUGUUGAUCAAUCAGGCACGGACUGAGGUGUCAAGGGGUAGUGCAAAUAUUGCUGUAAUUCGUGAUCUCAAAGGAUUACUCUACGUGGUUUGUGGGAGUUGAGAAACCCAAGUUACUGUUAGAGUGUUGGCAGGAGUGGAUCUGCCAACACUACCCCUAGAGGCGGUUUUUUCUCACAGGUAUCAGAGCACCUCCGCCACCCUCGUCAAAUGCCAGGGAUUUCAGGGCUAAGGACCGAAGCAAACGAGCCCUGGGGAGCGUGGUGUGGAGGCGUCAAAAUAUCGUCGGCGUGGCCCCAGGGCGGGUCGGCCCCGACCACGCCCGUCCCGCCCGUCCACCUGGCCCUGCCCCUCACCACCACGCACAAGGACAUGGACCCGCUGGACGAUGACGACGUCAACUCGCUCCACGAUGACAAGGACGUGACCGGGGCGGACGCGGAGGGAGUAUGGUCUCCGGACAUCGAACAGAGCUUCCAAGAGGCUCUGGCCAUAUACCCUCCCUGCGGCAGACGCAAGAUUAUCCUCUCAGACGAAGGCAAGAUGUAUGGCCGGAACGAGCUGAUCGCCCGCUACAUCAAGCUAAGGACAGGCAAGACGCGGACUCGUAAGCAAGUGUCCUCUCACAUCCAGGUGCUGGCCAGACGCAAGCUGAGGGAGAUCCAGGCCAAGCUUAAGGAUGUACCAGGGGGCUGCACGUCUGAUGACAAUGGCGGAAUGUUGAGACUGGAUGCUGCCACAAAAGAGAAGGCACUUCACACAAUGUCCUCCAUGUCAUCUGCGCAGAUUGUCUCUGCGACAGCGAUGCACAGCAAGACGUCACUUGGUCUACCCCCACCACCAGUGUCAUAUGCCAGUGCUUUCUGGCAAGGAGGAUUACAGGCUGGGACAAGUCAGGAUGUCAAGCCUUUUGCUCAGUCUCCGUUUGGUAUGGGCGGAGAGACUAAACCUCCCGUGGGGGGCAUGGGUGGCCUGCUUCAGCCUGCUGCUGCCCCAUCUGUAACAGUACCAGCAUGGGAGGGAAGAUCCAUCGCUACACAGAAAUUGCGACUUGUUGAAUUCAGCGCCUUCAUGGAGUCUCAGAGAGAUCCCGACACAUAUCAGAAACAUCUAUUUGUACACAUAGGAGGGCCAGCAACCUAUGCGGAUCCCAUAUUAGAGGCGGUUGACAUUCGACAAAUCUAUGACAAGUUCCCUGAGAAGAAAGGUGGCCUAAAGGAGCUUUAUGACAAGGGACCUCAAAAUGCAUUCUUCCUUGUUAAGUUCUGGGCUGACCUAAAUGUCAACAUUCAGGAUGAAUCUGGCACAUUCUAUGGCGUUACAAGCCAAUACGAAAGUCCUGAGAAUAUGACAAUCACCUGCUCCACAAAAGUGUGUUCAUUUGGCAAACAGGUUGUAGAGAAAGUUGAGACAGAGUAUGCCCGUUUCGAGAAUGGCCGGUUUGUGUAUCGCAUCCACCGCUCACCCAUGUGUGAAUACAUGAUCAACUUCAUCCAUAAACUCAAACAUCUACCAGAGAAAUACAUGAUGAAUAGUGUGUUGGAGAACUUUACCAUCUUGCAGGUAGUGACAAAUCGGGAUACUCAAGAGACACUACUGUGUGUGGCAUAUGUGUUUGAGGUCUCUACGUCAGAGCACGGUGCACAACAUCACAUUUAUCGUCUAGUUAAAGACUAACAACACGCCCCAGGACAGCUCAUUCUUGCGUCAUAUCAGACGCUGAGCUGGCUUCUUGUGUAGCACUAUGUUCCGCAGUGCAGGAAAUGCCUUGUGAAGGAUUACAGCUGUGCCCCUGUGUAACUCAUCUGUUGCCUACAAGUGCUUGGUUACAUUAAAAAAAUUCAUCUAGGCCCUAGGCAUCAGUCAAAAAGGAAGCUCACACUCCCAAGGUUGUACUGCAAGGUUUGGCAGCUUACCCUGUACCAGUGUCCUAUACUGUACUGAGAUGUCCCGGCAUAUCGUGGCAGCUGUUUACCUGGCCAAAGGCAAACAUGGCAGAGACAGCUAUGAAAAAGUUCAAUCAAAGACCACCACCAAAGGCACUGAUGAUAAUGGAACUAUGAUACUCAAAUCCUGCAGAUAUUGCUUGCAUGUGUUUUCUGCAAUAUAACAGCAUUAGUAGUUCAGUAUUGAUUACUGAUGUACCAUGCAGAGUUUUUGUGAUCUGAUAUUCAGAUAUACAGCUCUGGAUGUGCAUAGCACUACUGUUAAAGGCAUCUGAUAAAUUAUAUACAUACUUAUUUGAAUCAUUGAACCUAAGUGAAUGAUACCAAUGGUAUUGAUGGUUGCAUAAUAAAAUGUACAGAUAUAUACAUGUAAGGGUGGCAGAUGGUGUGUGUGUGUGGGGAGGAGUGAGUGUGACCUGCUCUGUGCCUCGUUGACAAACACUCAAUGUAUAGUGUGCUGGCUACUGCCCAUCCAGGUCAUCAACAUGCAAAUACAUUGUAAUGCCUACUGUACUUAAAAACAAACAAAAAAACACACCUGCGUUAUCGAAUCACGCAAUGCAUAUUGUGACUAUCCAAAUGUGAACAAAGUGAUUAAAUAUUUUUGUAAUUUAUACUCAGAGAAAAUGAAAUCUGUUUGCAAGUCCAUGGUGAGGCAACGUUAUGACAGUGUCUUUCACAUCUUUAAUAUUGUAUUAUAUAAUACACUGUUUCUCUCCACUUUGUACAAACUAUCAUUGAAGGCUGUUACUGCUGAAAUAAGCAGCUUCUAACGAUCGUUCUACACAUAUCGCUUCACUUUUCAUUUUUUUUUUCAAUCCUCUGUAGUUUAGGAAUGUCAGUGUUUAAGAACUGUUGGAUAGUCUAGAUAUCACUGGGGCAGGAAGGUCGCAUGUUGUUUGCACACACCCUUAACCUUUAAACCUGCAACAUGCGUCCCUCCAUAGCCACCUGUAUACCGGUAGAUCAUUAUUAUUAUUAUUAUUAUUAUUAUUAUUAUUAUUAUUAUUAUUAUUAUUAUUAUUAUUAUUUCAUUUUGCAAGUUGUUGAUGUUGUUAGGGAAUUUUUUGUGAUCUCAGAUGUUCUUAUCCAAAGGCUUUAAAAGUCAGGAGGUAAAGUUGAUGAAUGGGAAUAAUUGUGUUCCAAUUCAUUGCGUUGCUGUUUUAGUGCCAAGACAUGUAUGUGGAUACACUAAAGUAAGAACUUGUUUUGUGCAACAUAACCAUCAUCAAUAUGUUGUUAUAUUUUUUCUUUUAUACAAAUAAGUAAAGAUUGCCAUAUUAAAUGAUAAUUUGUGCUAAUUCAUAUCAGAGGCUUUUCUCACCUUACACUCAUUUAUGAGAAUUAUUUUGGUCGCAAGCACACAAAGUGCCUUCAUUGUUUAGCCAUUCUAUUCCUUGCAAUCUGAGGAAAAGUAGAGUUCAAUUAUUUGUUUUGGACUACAGUAUUUACAAAAUUGUUAAGAAAAUAUACACGCUGAUAAAAUGAAAAAAAUCAUCGGCUUUCAGCAUAUUACAGCAAACUAUGUUACUGCUUGUCCGACUGUUAUAAAUCCUCAGAAUGGCAAGGAAAGGCAGCUUGACUAUCCAGGCAACUACCUCUCUUGUCCGUCAAAACCCAAUCAGACCCAACACGUUUCCACACUGUCCUGUGAGAGUGCAAGACUCAAAUGACACAUUAUCCUGGGAUGGCCGACAUCUUUGGCAAGAACUCCUAUCAUUAUUUUCUAUCUUCACUACUGACUUCCUGUAUCAAAACUAAAGGUGCUGUUUUCUGAUCACAGUGAAUGUGAAUUCUCCAGUAUAUCUUAGUUUGCCAUCAUUGUCAAGUUUUAAUAUGAAUUUAAAAUAUCCAGUAUAGAGUGAGGAACUUCAGUCCCUUAUUCUGCCAUUACUGUAAGAUGACCAACCCACCUUUAGAGUAGAUAAUUCAAGGCUGAGUCUUUAAAGUAUUAUAAAUUUAUCAAAGUCCAGAUUCAGGAUCACAAAUGCCUGUAGUCUGUUGUGGACGAUUAUUACAACAGGCAAAGGUAAUUUGGGUAGGACUGGGUCAUAAGACUUGUAUAAUGCUUUAAAACAGAGGCUCUAAUGUGGCAUUUUGUGGCAUGCUGAGGCUUAAGCCAGAAACAACUCAGUAUUAAUGAUGUGGUUUGCAAUUUAGAACCUUGAGCAUUUUUUUUCUUGUGUAGUUAAUUUUCCCUUUAUAAAAAAGAGAAAUUUCAAAAUCGUAUCUUUAGGAUCACCACUGUAAAUUUGUCACAUAGUUUAAAUUAUUAUAAAAAAUGAUGUGAGUGAGAAGACUGACAUUUAUCUUCUGGUUUUUUUCUUUACAUCGCAGUUUUCUUUGGUUUAAUUCAUGUGUUUGAAAGCUUAUGUGUAGACAUGAAAUUGUUAUUGUUACGGAUACUACCACCUCUGAUCUUACUGGACUGACCAACUGUGAGCAAUUGUUCAAAUAACAUGAUAAAUGAGCCUCAUGAUUACUGUGAUAAAGGAACAUAGAGGAUAUGUAUCCACUCUUGAAUGAAGAUUGCUGUUAGUGCAUGCCACAAGGAGGUUAUUGUAUUUUACAUGCAUUACAGAUGUUAGUUAUUAAUAAUAAUCUUGUACCCAAGGAUGCAAACAGAAAAAAAAUCUUUCAAAACUUAUUCAAUCAAGCACAUAAAAUUUCUUCCCAUGAUGUAUAGGCCUUCAUCACCAAUCACGACUCUUGAACUGACAUGUCUGUUUGUUCAGUUCCAGGGGACAGAAUUUAGGCAAUGGCAUAACUGAGUUGAGUCUGAGUACCAGAUAUAAUAAAAAAGUUUAUAUUGUAGUAAUAUAAUAAUGAUAUAUUGAUUUAAGGUGUCUUGAUACAUAGACUGUAUGUUGUGCAAAGUAUUAUUUGAUGAAGAGGUUAGGUUUUAUUAGAUGAAUGCCUGAAGAUUAUUUUAAUUCAUAUUUUACUCAGACUGAAAACAGUUAAGUCUUGGUCUAAAGUAUGUCACUGAAUCUGACUUUGUUGUAAACUGUGUUUCUUGACCAUUUAUAAGUUGACAGAAUUAUUGGCCGAAACAGUGUUUGCCCAACUGAAUGUGGUAGACUGGAUGAAAUACCAUUUUGUACAGUUGUAUAAAAUAGACAUUUUUA